CAGGAAUGUUGCAUGUCUUUUGAUGACAACUGUGUUUUUCUCUGUUAAAGAUAAUGGUAGCAUUAAUUUCAGUUUGUCUUUUGAUGAUCCGCUGAUAUAAAAAAAUAUGAUUUUAAUAUUUUUCUAAAUAAAAAAUAAUCGCAAUUAUAUUUCCAAAUAUCCUCUUAAUGCAAGAGGUUUAAAGGUCUGACACAUGGAAGUUAAAGUGUUCGUUAACAAACUUCGUUUGGUUACUGAGAAAACUGAGGAAACCAAAAGAGAAAGAAAGAUGCUUGCUUUAUGGAUUAUGGGGUGUUUUUGUUUACAAAAAUUAAAACUUUCUGUUCUCUGGUAUACUAUACCAGAUGGGGUUCAAAAAAAGGGAAAAUUUGAAUUUGUGCUCUUUGUUUUUUGGUUUCUUUUUUGAAAUUCUGUGGCUGGCCAAAGAGGGAAACAGAGCUUGACUUGAGUUAGUUUCUAGUACUAGUAAAUUUUGUGUGUUUAUGUUAAAGAUAAUUAUGUAAUGGUUACUUGAUAUCUUUGUUACAUUCUCUUUUUAAGGCCAUAUUUUGAUUCGGUUUUGACAAAAUCGUACCUUUGUUUCGUCCUUUUCUACUUUUCUGUUUCUGCUUUAUCACUUCUUGGUUUUCUCUCUCGUGGGAAUUCAAAGUUCUACGUUUUCUCUCUCCCUCUCUCUUUACUUUGAAAUAAUGGUCUAGUCUUAGUUCUGAAUUGCUUUUUAUAAAGUGGAAACUAGUUACAAAAGGAUGUAUAGUUUGUUCUAUUUUUAAGCCUUUUAUGGACGAUCCCCCAUAAAUAUGAGGGUUUUAAUUAAGAUUGUGCCAAAUAAUAUGCUACUUGUUGUCAACUCUUUGUGUUGAUCUCUUCUUUGGUUCUCCUGUGAUGCUCAAACUUAAAAGUGCGACAAUUAAGUGAAUCCUUAUGAAGGACAAGAUACUCGGACAGCGUUUUAAGAAUAUGCCAUUCCAAGCUGGUUCCAUCGUUGAUUCAAGCAAUCGCCUAUGGAUUGUAUUUGACCAAGAUAAAGAAGACCAUGGAUUUCUACAUCGAGGUGUAACGUGAUUUGUGGGGGAAUCUUUAGUCUUUUGGAUAGCCUUUUUCUUGGUUGACUAGCUAGCAAAUCUCAGAAUUUAAUGUGAGAUCUGUUCUGGCAAUCGGAGGAAACUUGUCAAUUAUUUACACCACGCAUGUCUUCUUUGUUCUGCGGUUGAGCAAAUGGGGGCUUGUGUUUCAACUAGUCGGAGUACUUGCAGUAGUAAGAGCAAUGGAGAGCCAGUUCCUCCCCCUUGCUUGGGGAUCGGUUUUUGCGGGCAAAAGAGAACUAAAAGGACAUUCUCUGAUCAUUUAGUUACACUUCAGCAUUUACCAUCCAUACCUAACAGGGUUUUCACCAAUGGAAAGAGCCGAACUUCAUGUAUAUUCACACAACAGGGUCGCAAGGGAAUAAACCAGGAUGCAAUGAUUGUAUGGGAAGAUUUCAUGUCUGAAGACGUGACCUUCUGUGGUGUCUUUGAUGGUCAUGGUCCACAUGGCCAUCUUGUUGCCCGCAAGGUGAGGGAUGCCCUGCCAGUAAAAUUACAAUCAUUCUUGAACUCUUGUCAAUCAAGACAAAAUGGACCAGGUCAAACCUGUUUCAUGGGGAAUUCAAAGAAAUCAGAUGUUGGGGAUUUGGACAAGGAUGGCUCUGUCGAGGAUAAAUUGAAUUCUUUAUGGAGAGAAACAUUUCUGAAGUCAUAUAAGGCUAUGGAUAAAGAGCUGAAAUCCCAUCCCAAUUUGGACUGCUUCUGCAGUGGGAGCACAGCUAUUACUAUUGUAAAACAGGGAUCGAAUCUGUUCAUGGGAUAUAUUGGGGAUUCCCGUGCAAUCAUGGGAUCCAAGGACAGCAAUGAUUCCAUGGUGGCAGUCCAGUUGACUGUUGAUCUGAAGCCUGAUUUGCCAAGGGAGGCUGAAAGGAUUAAGCGGUGUAAAGGUAGAGUCUUUGCAUUGCAAGAUGAACCUGAAGUGCCAAGAGUUUGGUUACCAUUCGAUGAUGCCCCUGGUCUGGCAAUGGCUCGGGCAUUUGGGGAUUUCUGUUUGAAGGAAUAUGGAGUGAUCUCAAUACCUGAGUUUUCACACCGGACACUUACAGACAAGGAUCAGUUCAUUGUUCUUGCCUCAGAUGGUGUUUGGGAUGUCUUGAGCAACGAAGAGGUGGUUGAGAUUGUAUCCUCUGCUCCAACACGGGCAUCAGCUGCAAGAAUUCUGGUGGAUUCAGCUGCUCGUGAAUGGAAGCUCAAAUACCCAACUUCAAAGAUGGAUGACUGUGCUGUAGUGUGCUUAUUUUUGGAUGGGAAAAUGGACUCAGAAUCUGAUUACGAUGAACAAGGCUUUUCUUCAGCGACUCUUGAUCAGAGCAAUCAUUCUGGUAAUGCUGCUGAGUCAGAUGAUGGGCAGAAAUCCGAGCCAUGUUUGCAAAGAAACUUUACUGUCAGAUCUGCUGAAGAAAAUGAUACUUAUGGAAGACUAGCAGUUGAAGUUGAUGGAGAUGGCGAAACAGUGAGUGCUGAUGAUCAGAGUUGGUCAGGUUUGGAAGGUGUCACACGAGUUAAUUCACUUGUUCAACUUCCAAGAUUUUCUGAGGAAAGGCCAGACCCAUAAUUUUUGUGGUUAUCUACGUAAAUGAAAAGAGGCUGCCAUCAUAGUAAUAUUUUGGCCCUGGGGCCGCAUUAUAUUCAAAGAACGUCCUUUUGUUCUGGUGGCAUAAUGUUUUGAAAAUUUACCCUGGUAAAUGAUUGCCACAGCCUCUUGUUUUGUUUUAUGUUACAGAAAUGUAGAAAGACAGCUUUGUUCAGAGAAUUGAACCUAAUCAACAUAGCUCUGUUAAUAUGAUUUUGAUUCUGUCAA